AUGGCCAACUCCAAUCCAAAACUCCUUGCAACACAAACCAUCUUCUCUCUUUUCCUUUUAACCUUUCUCUUGUUGAUCACCAAUGUCAACUCAGAAUCAGUUUCUGUCAGCUUCCCCAAGUUUGACAACAGUUCCGACACCAUAGUCCUCGGCGGUGAUGCCAAAAAUAAUGGUGGUGUACUAGAACUCACUAAAAAGGACCAACUCGGAAAUCCAUCUCCAAAUAGUUUUGGUCUUUCCGUAUUCUCUAGACCUAUUCGUCUCUCUGACAAAACAAGUGGUAAACUUGCUGACUUUACCACCGAGUUUUCUUUUGUUGUGGAUCCAAAGGGUGCACAUCUUCAUGGCGAUGGUUUCACUUUCUUUAUUCUAUCAGUUGGUUCUGACAUCCCGGCCAAUUCAUCAUCCGAGGGCGGGUUCCUUGGACUAUUCGAUAAAGAAACCGCCUUCGAUACCUCCAAAAACUCUGUCGUUGCUGUUGAGUUUGAUAGUUUCACAAAUGAAUGGGAUCCUCUCUUCCCUGAGAACUCACCUCAUAUUGGAAUCGACAUCAACACGAUUGAGUCUUCGAUCACUGUUCCAUGGCCAAUCGAUAGACAGCCGCAAGGAUCGAUAGGAAAGGCACAGGUAAGUUAUGAUUCUGCCUCAAAAGAACUGAGGGUAGCUGUAAGUUAUCCAAAUAGUCCUGUCAAACCGGACAUUGUUGUAUCGUAUCCAGUUGAUUUCGCGGCGAUUCUGUCGGAGUGGGUCCUUAUUGGUUUCUCCGGUGCUACUGGUCAACUUACAGAAACACAUGACAUUCUCUCUUGGUUUUUCACUACCGAUCUAUAG